AUGGGCAAUAAGGAGAAUGAGUCCACUGAAACCGAUUCGUUAAUGACUUUCGAUGAUUAUAUAAGCAAAGAGCUCUCUGAACAUCUGCAGAGGCUAAUCAUGGAUGAUUUGAAAGGUGGUACUGCUUCAAAUGGCAUGGGACAGUUUUCAAAUAACUCAAAGUUUAAUUUUAGUACAAACGGAAGCUUCAAAGGUCUCGACGAUGCAAUUCAAACUUUACAGAUGCAGAGCGUGCUGCAUCCUUCGUCAUUGGGAUCGUUAACAGCGUCUUCCAAAUUCUCGGGAUGGUCAUUUGCUCAAGGGUUUUUUGUAGGUCAACUGAGUAUAGUACUUUUGUUCAUUUUUUUCCUAAAGUUUUUCAUAUUCAGUGACGAACCAUCUAAAAGUAAGAAUCCGCCACCUGCAUCAUCUGGUUACAAGUCAAAAUUCAGGGAAUACCCCUUUAUAUCUCGCGAAUUUCUUACUUCUCUUGUUAGAAAGGGUGCAAAAGAACAUCACGAGUUCAAUGAAGAGGCAGGAAAUGAACACCUUCAAGAACUGGCUCUUAUUUUAGAGAAAACCUAUUAUAACGUUGACGUGCAUCCUGCAGAGUCUUUGGACUGGUUUAAUGUUUUGGUCGCUCAAAUAAUACAGCAAUUUCGUGGGGAAGCUUGGCACAAAGACAACAUUCUCCAUUCCUUGAAUGACUUUAUUGGAAGGAAAUCAUCAGACCUGCCUGAUUAUUUAGAUACCAUAAAAAUAACGGAGCUCGAUACAGGCGAUGAUUUCCCCAUUUUCUCGAACUGCAGAAUACAAUAUUCGCCAAAUUCAGGUAGUAAAAAGUUAGAGGCCAAAAUCGACAUAGAUUUAAACGAUCACUUAACAUUGGGAGUAGAAACAAAGUUAUUACUUAAUUACCCAAAGCCUGGUAUUGCCGCUCUCCCUAUAAGUUUGGUGGUAUCAAUUGUAAGGUUUCAGGCGUGUUUGACUGUGUCUUUAACCAAUGCAGAGGAGUUCGCUUCUACUACUUCGGAUGGUAACAAUCGGGACAAUAAUGAGGGCGAUUCUGGAUACUUUCUGAUGUUUUCAUUUUCUCCUGAAUAUAGAAUGGAAUUUGAAAUUAAGUCACUAAUCGGCUCAAGAUCAAAACUUGAAAAUAUUCCCAAGAUUGGCAGCGUUAUUGAAUAUCAAAUAAAAAAGUGGUUUGUAGAACGAUGUGUUGAACCAAGAUUCCAAUUCGUCAGGUUACCAAGCAUAUGGCCGCGUAGCAAAAAUACGAGAGAAGAGAAGCCUACAGAGUAA